AUGCCUCUCGGAGAAAGGUUAGGGGAUAAGAGCGAUUCUCGCUACUGUGGUGUGGAGACCGAUUUCAACGAUGACAUGCCACACGUCUUCCAUUUCAACUUCUGGAAGCUUCGAUUUCGUUGUUGCUCCUUUGGAAAAAUCAGCUCACGGAUAGAUUUGGAUUCAGAGGAUGAAACCCUGAGGAGAGAUUCUGAAACUACACUUAAACAAGAAAUUGCUUGGGCUUCUCAUCUCUCUUUACAGGCCUGCCUGCUUCCUGCUCCCAAGGGAACUUCUUGUGCUAAUUACGCCAGAUGUGUAAUCAAAUCUUACAGGGCACACAUAAUAUUCAGCCUGAUGAUGAUUCUACGGAAAAUCUGUUACUUUGGUGGACAAUUAUUAUUAAAGUCCAACUGCUUGACAGUGAACUUUUUGGUUCUUAAGUUCAACAAUACACGAUCCUCAAGGUUUGCAAUAUUUUUCCCAUUAAGAACACCCGUUUGUGUGGGUCCUGGUUCUAUCCUUGAAGUGCAUUUUUGGCGCUGUUGUGGUCCUACAAAGGUUUGGUACGAGCGGUGCGUUGGUACUGGGUUGGGCUUUAGAGCCUUGUAUUCUGUAGAAUAUUGUCAUAAUGUUUACAGUAGUGCGAACCAAAGGGUGGAAAGUAAACUCUUCGUUGUCAUUUUCAAAGGUUCUGGGAGAAAGCAUUUCGUGGAUCUCUUAUUAUAUUUCAUAUCAUUACGGGAAAUUUUGUUGUACAAUUAA